AUGAUCCUACUAGAAAAUUAUGCAAAGACUGAAGAAGCUAAAGUUGAGGAGCUCAUCAAAGCAGUUGCUGAUUCAGGUGUGAAAGUAAUUGUGAGUGGAGCAGCAGUUGGAGAGAUGGCACUGCAUUUCUAUGAGCGUUACAAAUAUUUGAAGCUUUGCCAGCCUAACCCAAAUGAUUUGGGAUAUGUUGACUCUGUGUCGAUCGAGGAAAUUGCUAGUGUUAAGGUCACUGUUGUGAAGAAUGAAGAAGGUGGUAACUCUGUAUCUACCGUACUUCUACGAGGGAGUACUAACAAUAUAUUAGAUGACCUAGGAAGAGCAGUUGAUGAUGGAGUGAACACUUACAAGGCAAUGUGCAAGGAUAGCCGCAUUGUUCCUAUAGCAGCAGCUACUGAAAUUGAGUUAGCUAAGAGAUAUGCUAUAGAAAAAUUUGCCGAAAGCUUUGAGAUGGUGCCUAAAACGCUAGCUGAAAAUGCUGGGCUUAAUGCAAUGGAGAUCAUAUCUUCUCUAUAUGCUAAACAUGCAUCAGGAAAUACCAAAGUUGGCCUCGACUUGGAGGAAGGCCGUUGCAAAGAUGUGUCAACUCUUAAUAUUUGGGACCUCCACACAACAAACUACAAUAUUCUUUAA